UUAAAGAGAUGGCCUUCAACUGGGACUUCAAACUUGUAAGUUUUUCCACCAUGAUUUUCUUGUUGUUAUUCAUCUCUUCAAGCUCUCAUGCAUACAAGUUCAACGUUGGAGGAAGACAGGGAUGGGUUUUGAACCCUAAUGAAACUUACAAUCAUUGGGCAGAGAGAAACCGGUUUCAAGUCAAUGACACACUUGUGUUCAAAUACAAGAAAGGGAAUGAUUCAGUGUUGGUGGUGGACAAAAAGGACUAUUAUUCAUGCAACAUGAACAAUCCAAUAGAGAAAUUUUUCGACGGUGACACUGAGUUCAAGUUCGAUCGGUCGGGACCGUUCUUUUUUGUUAGCGGUGUGCCGGGGCAUUGCAGUGAUGGGCAGAAAUUGAAUGUAGUUGUUCUAGCAAUAAGAAACAAGAACACGGUGAUGCCACCGGAGCUUUCACCUGGAUAUGAUUCUCCUCCUGAGGUCUCUCCUUCAGCAUUGAACUCUCCGUCUUCGUCUUCAUCUUCGUCUUCUUUGAGUGUCUGCUGUAGUUUCUUCUUUGGAUUGAUGGGUGUUGGUUGGCUUCUUGGUUCACUGAAUUCUUGAGUGAUCGGAGUUCUCAAAGUUUGUAUUUGGGGUUUGUUUUGUAUUUAUUAUUUUUGGUUUUUUGUUUUCAUGUAUUUGUUUGGAGUUAAAUAAA